AUGCCCUCGUCAGCCACGUUGGCCGCCCGUCAGGCUAGCGCUGUUGUGCCACCAUCCUCCGUAGACGAGGCGUACACGAUGCGUACAGUAGAACUCGCCGCUUUCAACGUUGAUCCAAACAAUUGGUCUUGGGAUGAGCGAGAACGCUGCUCCUGGACCCCGGCCAGUGCUACCUGGCAAGCCUUCGCUGCCAAGUGGCGGAACCCCACCACCCCCUCCGUCACCGAGACACCCGACUUGAGUGAUAUCGCAGAUUUUCUUCAAGUCCGCUCUUCCUCGACAACGUGCUCGUCCGUGAUUGCUAUCUAG